ACAUUGACCUUAGCGGGACUCCAACAACCUCUUCCGGGUUCACGCUGUCUAGCAGCGGUGUGCGAUGAAUCUGUGACUCCUUAAAUUUUUUUGGACUACAGCGUUUCCCCACUGAAGGGAGUCGUGUAUGUGAAUUUCAGCAUUUAGUAGCAUUUAUUGAACGUUGUUUUUGCGACGCUUCCGUUGGUUCAGCGCUCCGUGUUAGCUGAUUAUGUCUGCGGAGGAAGCGGACAAAACAACCACCACGGAUGCCAGUGCUGGAGAUGAGGAGGAGGAAUGGCUGUAUGGAGAUGAGUCCGAGAGCAAAGAUGAGGACGAAGAAGCCAAACUGAAUGCUGCAGUCAGUGCACCCACUGAUGCUUCAACAGAAGAUGCUGCACACGCUACAGGGAAUGGAGUGACCUCUGAGACCACAGGUGAAGCUGUAGGUGAGGAUGUUGACAGUGACAGUGACAGCGAUGAUGAUGAUGAUGAUGUCCGCGUCACCAUUGGAGACAUAAAAACUGGAGCACCGCAGUAUACACCUUAUGGAGCUCCACCUGUCAAUCUCAAUAUAAAGACAACAGGCUCCAGACCAUAUGGACAAGCAACCAAGCUGAAGGGAGUGGAUCUGGAUGCUCCUGGAAGCAUUAAUGGGGUUCCUGUGCUGGAGGUGGAAAUGGAGUCUUUUGAAGAGAAGCCCUGGAGGAAGCCAGGAGCGGAUCUGUCAGACUACUUUAACUAUGGCUUCAAUGAAGACACCUGGAAGGCUUACUGCGAAAAACAAAAGAGGCUACGCAUGGGUCUGGAGGUCUCUACUGUCAGUUCUGUGGCGAGCAAGAUCACUGUUCAGCAAGGCAGGACUGGCAAUGAGAAGGACUUGUCCAGUGUGCCUGUCCACACCUCUAAACCAGACUUCACAUCUCCUGUCAGCCUGUACAAGUCUGUCACUCAGGUCCCCAGGAUCUCUCCCCCUCAGUGGACUGGCCCGCCUGUUCAGGACAUGUCCUAUUAUACGAAGACGAGUGGUACUAUAGAUGUGAUUGGUGGGCAGACGGCCACCAUCAGCAGGGUGGAGGGGCGGCGCAGGCACAAUUUGGAUGGCAACAAUAUCCAGGUGAUCGCUGAACAAUCAGAUGCAGAGCCGACUCCAGCUAAGAUACCCACCUUCUUCCCGCCUGGACCCCUUCCUCCAAACAUACCGCCACCUCCGUUCCUGCCUCCACCACCCAACGUCAGCGCCGCACCCCCACUCAUCCCCCCACCCAGGUUGCCCAUUACAGUCCCACCUCCUGGUUUUCCUCCUCCACCUAGUGGUCCCCCUCCUGCUAUCAUCCCCACUAUGGACAGUGGCCACGCUGGAAGUUAUGAUGGACGCUCUGUCCCUUCCUACCCAUUCCCUCAAGGUGGAUACCCUCCACCCAUGGCUGGGGGCGUUCCUCCUCCGUGGCCCCCCAUAGUGGACAACUCUAAAUCCUGGGACUACUAUCCCCGUCGAGACGACAAGAGAGACAAGGAGAGAGACAGGCCCCGAGAGAGGACGCAUGAGCGGGACAGAGAGAGAGAGCACAGCCCCUCAGCUAUGAGCUACACCAGCGAUGAGGAGCGGUAUCGUUUCCGCGAGUACCAGGAGCGUGGUUACGGUGAGCGGCAUCGUGACCGGUCGAGCCGAGAGAAAGAGGAAAGACACAGAGAGAGGCGGCACCGAGACAAAGAGGAAGGACGCCACAAGUCCUCUCGCAGCAGCAGCAGCAGGAGGAGGCACGACAGCGAGGAGGGCGACAGCCACCGUAGGCACAAACAUAAGAAGAGCAAGAGGAGCAAGGAGGGCAAAGAGGUCAGCGAGGAGAUCAGCGCAGACCAAGAGAACCAGGAGGCCAUGGAGUAGUGAUCACCACCUCCUGUUUGUCCUGUCUGUCUGUCUGUCUGUCUGUCUGCCUUCAGUCCUGUCAGUCCCUCUGUGUCUCCCACCACCGAGAUGGGAAAGAAGCAAAGGGAGGGACAAGAUGAGACCAAGAAAACCAGGAGAGAGAUCGAUGCAUCCUGUCACUCCCCUCCUCAUCAAUCUCAAUUCCCCUCCAUCCCGCUGUUGUUCAUCUUCACCAUCACUUCAGAUGGAGUGGAGGAGGUGGUGAAAGAAGGAAGGAAGGUCGUCCUUUUCUUUUAUCUUCCUUUGUCUUUCCAUCAGUAGGUGACAUCACACAGGGCAUCAGUCUCUCUUUAACCUCCUCCUCAUUCUCUUCAAUGCUCCCUCCCCUCAGAGCCCCGCUGUAACGAUUAGGGCUCAGAGAUUUCACUGGAUAGUCAGGAGUAUCAGCAGAUUUGGCUCUUUUUCUGUGAUUUGUUUGUUUGUUAUCCUUUUGUUCUUGUCCUGUAUGAAGACAUCUGUAGAAUCUCAGUUGGUUAAGUUCAAUUAAAAAAAACAGUUUUGAUAAGA